AUCUGUGCAAAAUGGGAACGAAAAUCUUACUGGACAGCGACACCGUACGACGAUCCAUGGGUUCCUCUCCGUGAACACCCAAAGCCAAACAAACAACAUUAACCUUAACCAAACAAACCCUAAUUUUGAUCUCUCCCUAAUUCUUGGUUCCCUUCUCAUCCAUUCCUAAAUAAAAUCUAGAUCAUUUUUUUUGCUAUAUUCUCUAAAUAAAAUUCCCCUAUUAAACCUACGUGUUACCCACAAAAUCCAUUUUUCCUCCCAAUUUUUUUUCUGAGCAUUUAGCUGUCGCAUCUUUUGUUUGUUCUUGUCGUCCUCGGCAGAUCAGGUUUUGUUUUUGCUUCUGCUCCAGCUUUGGAGGAUCCACAGUCUCUCUCUGAGUGGAUGGUUUAGUGUACAUUUUUUUAAGAUACUGAUAUAAAAGUAUGGGCAGCAGUGAGAUGGAUAAAGCCCCAAAAGAGAAGGAGUCAAAGACACCGCCACCUACGUCACAGGAGCAGUCUUCGACCACUGGCACUGGAACAAUUAAUCCUGACUGGCCUGGCUUUCAGGCAUACUCUCCUAUACCUCCCCAUGGUUUCUUGGCAUCGAGUCCCCAGGCCCACCCUUAUAUGUGGGGUGUCCAGCAUAUUAUGCCUCCCUAUGGUACUCCACCACAUCCUUAUGUUGCAAUGUAUCCCCCUGGUGGCAUUUAUGCUCAUCCAUCCAUGCCUCCGGGAUCUUAUCCUUUUAGUCCUUUUGCCAUGCCUUCUCCAAAUGGCGUUGCUGAGGCUUCAGGAAACACUCCUGGCAGCAUGGAAGCCGACGGUAAGCCUCCUGAGGUGAAGGAAAAGUUGCCAAUCAAAAGAUCAAAAGGAAGUUUGGGUAGUUUGAAUAUGAUCACAGGGAAAAAUAAUGAACAUGGUAAAACACCGGGGACAUCUGCUAAUGGAAUUCAUUCAAAGAGUGGUGAGAGUGCAAGUGAAGGUACUAGUGAAGGAAGUGAUGCAAAUUCUCAAAAUGACUCUCAAUUGAAAUCAGGGGGCAGGCAGGAUUCUUUUGAAGAUGAACCAUCUCAAAAUGGCAGUUCAGCAUAUACUCCUCAAAAUGGGGGACUAAAUACACCUCAUACGGUGGUCAAUCAAACUAUGUCUAUCAUGCCUAUCUCUGCAGGUGGAGCUCCUGGAGCUGUUCCUGGUCCCACAACUAACUUAAAUAUAGGAAUGGAUUAUUGGGGUACACCAGCUUCAUCCAACAUUCCUGCACUUGCCAGGAAGGUUCCAUCAACUGCGGUUGCUGGAGGGAUGGUUACUACUGCUGGAUCACGAGAUAGUGUUCAGUCACAACUCUGGCUACAGGAUGAAAGGGAGCUUAAAAGGCAAAGGCGGAAGCAGUCUAACAGGGAAUCUGCUCGCAGAUCCAGGUUGCGUAAGCAGGCCGAGUGUGAUGAGUUAGCUCAGCGCGCUGAGGCUUUGAAGGAAGAAAAUGCUUCUCUUCGGUCAGAAGUAAGUAGAAUCAGGAGUGAGUAUGAGCAGCUACUCUCCGAGAAUGCAGCUCUCAAGGAGAGACUUGGGGAACAACCUGCUAAAGAUGAACGUAGGUCUGGCCGGAACGAUCCGCAUGUGGGUAGUGACACUCAACAGAGUGGGCAGACAGAGGCUGUGCAGGGUGGUCAUUAGCACCUGCAUGCCACUUUUCAGGGAGAUAAUCUAACUUAAUAGCAAGAGCAAGAUCUUGUUUCGGAUAGCUUGUAGUUCAAAUUGUAUUAAAGCUGACCUUUUAUAUAGUCUUAAGAUCUGUUUAAUGUUAUAUGAUCCUUCAUUCCUAAUAUGUUUUUUUUUUUCUUCCCACUCAUUCAAAACAUGGAUUGUAUGUAGUGUGUGAAUUCUGUGUCAUACCUUAUCUGCAGCUUCAAAGUUAGUGUUCGCCUUAAGCAAUAUAGUUAAUGAACUUGGGUGUUGUCCAUUAUAUGAUUUCCUGGACAAAUAAUUUAUUGG